UAACAAACAACACGUGCACAAAUCGAAUUUUCGCAAUUUAAACUCGUUGCAACAAAGAAACUUUCUCAAUUCGAUGAAAAACACUAAUAUGAAUCAAAUUUAAUUUAUGUUAUUAAAUUUAAACAUGUUUAUAACGUUAAAUAACAUAACCUAUUGAUAUAACCUUAAACAGAUGACAGUAGGGUGUUAAAUUCAAGACAAAACAGUGUUACCAACAUUACCAACAAUACCAACCGCAAAUUUAGUGUGAAACUUUAGUGACAUUGCUAAGAAGUGGAAAAUCGCCAGAUUUACAUACAUAAUCGCUGUUUACAUGUGUAGUCGGUGUUUGAAUAGUUUACUGUAUGUUAGGUGCGUACAUAGCGUAAAUGCUUGCGUGUGAGUACUCCGGUACACACAAUAAAAACGUAGAACGCAUACGAUAUGUAAAUGUAACACAAUAGCGCGCGUAAUGCGAGCAACGUCCCGCGACGCUCGUCGCCACGCGUCUAAUUAUUACCGCAAAUGAAAUUACGUUUAAUUAGCACUUUGCCGCGGCCGCCGUGUAUCCAACGACAACUCAGUCACGCCGCGCAUCUCACCAGCAUCACUAGCAAUAUCACCAAAAAUUGACUUGCCAAAAGUAUCCGAACUCAUUCAAAAUUAAACUUGAUUUAUUUUAAUAAUUUCAUUAUAAUGAUUGGUGCUUGCAGUGGAAGAUUGCAAUUAAAUAAACUUUUAAUUACACACAGAACUGAUACUGCAAGGAAAAUUUCGUGAAUAAAAACGUAAUUAUCUACAUAAAACAAUUAAAAAAUUUGGUAAUUAGUGCAAACAAAGAAUUCAUAAAGUAAAUUAAUUCGAUGUUUAAAAAUUAAGUAACAUUAAAGACUUAUCUAAAUGAACUUUAUUCCACAUUACGUUACUUCACUCUCUACUUCUCUUGACGGCAUAAUGUGCGAGUGCAAGUACUUCAACGUGGAAAGUUUAAGCAAUGGAUGAUGAUGACACGAGCGCGAGCUUGCCGUGCGUUCGAUGCGAGCGUCGAUAAUUAACUGCUCGAGUUUUACGGUUCGACGAAACUGCCACGGAACAGAUCCGCCGUCAAACCUUUGUCGAUGAUAUUCGUUACAUCAUAAAAUAACGCAUAAAGCUGCUAAUCGAGAUUUGCCAAAAAUUCAACAAUGGCACUAAAUUAUUUUCAUUAAACACACCUGACAAUUUAUGUUUAUUGUACCCAGGUACCACAUUCGGAUGUUAACUUUUAAGAUUCAAUGGCUUUUGAUUUUUUGCAAAAUUACCACCACGGUUAAUAGUGAGAAUGGAGGCGAUCCAUUAAACUUUUGAAUAUCACGUGUUCGUGUGCGUGCGUAUACGUUACGUCGCGUCGGAAUCGAAUCGAAUCGGUGCGAGCACAAGCUGGAUUAUAAGAUGGAGACGGUACCGAUGAUCCGCUCCAGUAGCACUGAGACCGGCAGCAACGACGUGGUCGUCCGGCUCGGAGGCGGCGGGGGAUCUCGAGGUAACAACUCCACCACUGUCACCACCACUACCACCAGCGUGGUUACAGCCUCGGAUCGUCGACGGAUUGGAAAAAACGAUUGAGUUUGAGGGACAGCCGAAGGAAGGAUACGGAAAAUGUAUCAUUGCGUAAGAGUUUCGGUAGAAAAUGGACAAGCUUGAGACAAAACCAAUCCGAUUUGGAGUUGAAUGAAGAAGAAAACAGCAAGUCAAACAAUUUAAAAAAUUCCAGCCACAAUAACUGCGGUGGCGAGUCGACGUCGACGUCGACCAUCACCGCAAGUCCAGCGCCUAUGGACCGAUCCGAUGGUGAGCGCAACACCAAAAGAAAAAGCAACUGGGAAGUCAUAGAACACUAUGGCGGGAAUUACGGCGGCAACGCGGUACGAGAAUCCACAUUUAACAUUGUGGCGCAGAAUACAUCACUUAAUAUUAAACAAGGUGAAGCCGAGACGAAUCUUCUAGACAUCGAUAGCUUAUCAGAUGUGUCCUUGAUAAGACGCGUGCGGAAGUUUUUCUCAAAUAUUUGCAAAACACAUGAAUUUCACAAUGAACAGGUGGAAAUGCUGUAUCAGCGAUAUUUUCUUAAAAUGAACCAGAGCAACAUGACCAAUAUGUUAACACUGCUGAUUUUAAUCGCAUCGGCUAUCUUUCUUAUUUCCGGCAUGGAUUCUUUACUCACUAGUAACGUGAUGGAUCAGCACAACAAUAAAGACACUGUGGUUUUGUUCUCAACCAUGAUCAUUUGUGUAGCUGUUUAUGGAGUUUUACUCACAGUUUUAGCAAAACCAGCUAUGAACGAAGUAUACCUAAUUGUAGUAUCGUACUUCAUAGUCCUAUCAUUUCUCACAAUGGAAAUAUCUCUAUCUUGGUUUGUUGGCAAAGAUCGCCCUUUGACAGCAACGCUAAUCACAUUAUCAAACACAUACCUCACCUACGCAUUGCUACCAAUCGGUCUCAAGUACGCGAUUCUGGUAUGCACACUAAUGGCGGUUGUGCAUAUGAUUCUCCUGGGUGUAAUCGGCAAGAUGGUAGACAUGAUACUUUGCACUGGUAUAAUUAUGCUAUGUGCUAACAUUGCUGGCGUGUGUACGCACUAUCCUCGAGAGGUUGCCCAGCGCAAAGCAUUCCUGGAGACGCGGCAAUGUAUCGAAGCAAGAUUGAAGAUCCAGAGGGAAAAUCAACAACAAGAACGACUUUUAUUAUCAGUUCUGCCACGCCAUGUCGCCAUGGAGAUGAAGGCGGAUAUCGCCGGGCAGCACAAAGAUACGCAGUUUCAUAAGAUUUAUAUUCAGCGUCAUGAUAAUGUCAGUAUUCUUUUCGCCGAUAUAUGCGGUUUCACAACGCUGUCGGAUCAGUGCACGGCUGAAGAAUUGGUUCGGAUAUUAAACGAGCUGUUCGCAAGGUUUGAUAGGCUAGCGACGGAGCAUCACUGUUUACGCAUUAAACUGCUGGGCGAUUGUUACUAUUGCGUUUCCGGUCUGCCGGAACCUCGUCCAGAUCACGCACACUGCGCCGUCGAGAUGGGGCUGGAUAUGAUCGAUGCGAUCGCGUUGGUGCGAGAAGUGAUGGCGGUGAACGUGAAUAUGCGGGUGGGCAUUCAUACAGGUCGUGUUCAUUGCGGCGUGCUUGGUUUACGCAAGUGGCAGUUCGACGUGUGGUCUAACGACGUCACGUUGGCAAACUACAUGGAAAGUGGCGGCAUACCAGGGAGAGUUCAUAUUACAAAGGAAACGUUAGAAUAUUUGAAUCGUGAUUAUGAGGUGGAGCCGGGUCAUGGAGGUGAGCGCAACUCGUAUCUCAAGGACCACAACAUCGAAACCUAUCUUAUCGUGGCGUCUUCUUAUCGAGGAGGGGCGGGCGGAUCGACUGUCUCACCUCACCAUUAUCCGCUCAGCAGCGGUAACAUUUCGAAGGAAAUGCGGAUGAUGGGCCAUGCAGGCACCGGGGUCGGCGGUGUUGGCAGCAUGAAAUUGGGUUUCGCCGAAGCACCUGAUCUCAAAGACCCCGAGGACGAAGUUAACGAAUACCUGAUGCGUGCAAUCGAUGCGAGGAGUAUCGAUCGCCUGCGAAACGAGCAUUGCCAAGUGUUACUGCUCAUAUUCAAAGAUAAAGUGAAAGAAAGAAAGUACACGAUGGAAAAGGAUCGUAUGUUGAAUCUUUACUUCUUGUGUUCGUUAGUUUGCUACAUAACAAUGGUGUUAGUUCAGUUUUUGGCGUUGAGCUUUAAAAUCUCCAUCAUCGCGUUGGUAUUUCCAGUUGGAGUUGCGAUAUUAGUUAUUACAUUCAUCGUAUCCAUGCACUCACUAGAAGGUAGUUGUGAACAAUUGGUUCGUUUUUCGAAACAAAUCCACUCAAAUCGUCGCAUCUCACAAACGCUGGCGUUUAUUGUCGUCUGCCUCAUCUACACGUUGCCCGUCUUCCAGAUGUGCACAAUAACUGAUCUCGUAAAAUGUUCCAAUCAAACCAUACAACCAAUGCAAUUACAAUUAGUAAACGACACGUUGCUGCAACAACAACACCAAUCAGAUGCUAAUGAAACAAUUGCCUAUGCACAACGUACUGCAGUGCCCUUCGAUACACCCGAGGAGAAUAAUAAUAUCUCUAAUCGCUACAUCAUCUUGAAUGGGCCAGGAACCUGUGGUAGACAUUACAUACUGGACAUGUGUCUAGUGAUGGUGCAAAUGACGAUGAUCGCAUGCGCCGUUUAUCAAGUGAUGAUUUACAUCGUCAAAACAAUCUUUUUGACUCUACUCCUAGCAGGAUAUUUGAUUAUUUACAUUCCUUAUAGCGAACAAAUAAGUAAAGCACAUGUUGGUCACGCUGAAGAGACACUAAGCGAGAAGUACGUGAACUUGAUCAUUUCCAUCGGCUUCCUGAUCACAUUGAUCUUGCACGCGCAGCAAACGGAAGCGACUUAUAGAUUAGAUUUUGUCUGGAAGUUGCAAGCCACCGAAGAGAAAGAGGACAUGGAGCAUUUGGAAGCGUACAACCGGAAGUUAUUGGGAAAUAUACUGCCUGUUCAUGUAGCUGAACACUUUCUAAGUCCUGACAAAAACGUUGAUGAACUCUAUCAUGAACAAUGCGACUUCGUGUGCGUGAUGUUUGCAUCAAUACCAAACUUCUCGGAAUUCUACGUGGAGCUUGAGGGUAACAACGAAGGCGUGGAGUGUUUGCGGCUGCUGAACGAGAUCAUCGCCGACUUUGACGAGCUGCUCUCCGAGGAGCCGUUCAAGUACAUCGAAAAGAUCAAGUCCACCGGCUCAACUUACAUGGCCGCCUCCGGACUAACCGCCGCAACUUGUGACAUGGUGGAUUUCAAGCACGUGACAGCAAUGGCGGACUAUGCGCUGCGUUUAAAGGAGCAACUUGCGAAUGUCAACGAGCACUCCUUUAAUAAUUUCCGCAUUCGAAUCGGCAUCAACGUGGGGCCGGUAGUGGCGGGCGUGAUCGGGGCGCGAAAGCCGCAGUACGACAUCUGGGGCAAUGCGGUGAACGUCGCCAGCAGAAUGGACAGCACUGGCGUGGUCGAUAAGAUACAAGUAACAAAAGAAGUUUAUGAAAUAUUGGUGGAGAAAGGAUAUCCACUCACGUGUCGGGGGACAAUUAAUGUCAAGGGCAAAGGCGAUAUGGAAACCUAUUUUUUAGAUGACAAAACAAAAUUUGCAACUAACGUCACAUUCAACCCUAUCUUCCAGUAUCUGCAAGAUAACGACAGCGACGUGCGACUCAACCGGAUGUAAAUCGCUGGACAUUUCGAGUGGCAAAUGACGCCAGAUAAAAAAGUAUUAUUAGUGUAAUUAAAACAAUGGUUCUAAACUAAUUACAAUGAAGUCUGCAACUUAGAAGAAUAAUUGUGGACUCUAAAAAUAAAAAAAGUAGGCAAAUGUAUAUUAAACUAAGUGUACAGUAAAGUUAAUUAAACCUAAAGUUAAAAAUGUGUGAUACUUGUGAAAACCUAAAAGAAAUUUAACAUUUUCAAAUUGAAUUCUAAGUUAAUAGCAAAAUAUGUUGGUUGAUAGGAAAAAAUGACUUGAACUCAUCAAAACAACUUGUUCUAUAUUAUACCUAACGCAAAUGUGAUUUAUGAUGUAUACCCCGCCAUCUUUGUGCUUCAUCUUCAACUUCAACAUUACCUGAUCUUCAAAAUUCAUUGUCAAUUUAAGACCCAGUGCAAAAUAGCAACAAAUUUAAAAACCUACAAGCGUCAAAUAGAAAAUAUUUUUGAGUAGUGAAAUUAAUCAAUGUCAACCAAUCAAAGGAAAUUAUAUGAACGAAUUUAUAUGCAUGCUUGAUCCAAGGCAAAUCAAUGUGUCACUGCAGAUCGCUUGUUAAUAAAACAAUCAGUUAUCAAAUUAUUUGACACCAUUGUAAAAAUUGAUAUGUAUAACGUCCAAUAUCAUGCUGUAGAUAUAGUAACACAAUAGGUAGCUGGUGUCAUCACCAUCUUUCGGUGUGAUAAAUUAAAUAAAACAAGACAAAAUCUUGAGUAGCUAAAAUUGAUUAGUAGUAAAAUAAUAAGAAAUCUAAUGGUUACGAUGAUAAAUUGAAAAAUAUGGAACCACUAAAUGGGAACAAACAAAAAUGUAAACUUUAAAACUAUUAAAGCUUUAAAAAUGAAAUUUAAAAUUAAUUUAUGUAUGGAAAGUAUUUUUUCAAAGCAAUAUGUUUAUAAUUUGAAACUAUUCGACACUCCAUAUGAAAACUUUUGUUGCUUCAAUUACUGGACAUAUUGUAUAUUUCUUACAGUCAAUUAAAGAAUUUAAAAUAUUGCACUUAACAA